AUGUUGAGUUCCGUCGCCGACCAAGAAAAGCCACCAUGUACAAAGAGAUUAAAGCUUUCUCCGUCUCCUUGUGGGUUAUCUUCAUUGCCAACUGAGCUAGUUAUGAGUUGCUUAGCCCGCGUCUCAAAAUUGGACCACCCUUCUUUAUCUCUCGUAUCCAAGUGGCACCGCUCUCAGCUGUUUUCGCCCGAGUUAUACAACUUCCGGUCACUAUUAGGCUCCACCGAAAACAUCAUCUAUCUAUGCAUACUCAUCCCUCCAGAACCAAAUCCACGCUGGUUCGCGUUCUCCCCAAAAACCUUAAACAGUCCUAGUCGGCUCGUCCCAAUCCGGUCAAACGACUAUCAGCCUAGGGAAGUGUCCUCGGUGGUGGCUCAUGGUUACGGAAUCUAUGUCAUGGGUGGGAGAAGGAUCAGCGGGAAACCCUCGCCGAGUGUUUUGUUCCUUGACUGCCGAUCUCACACGUGGACCAUUCUCCCUGCCAUGCGGGUGGCUCGACAAUCUGCUGCUGCCGGCGUAGUCGACGGAAGAUAUACGUUCUUGGAGGGUGCAAGGAAUCGAUUGUCCGCAGCUGGGGAAAGGUUUUCGACCCAGAGACGCAAACUUGGAAUCCCCUGCCGGUGUGUCUGGUUAAAGAUGGAUUAA